UUCCGAACAACGACGCAUCAUAACAUCGCAUCACUGCAGCACCUAACCUCGAAUGCGCGAUCAGGUGUAACCGAAGCAAUGGUUGAGAGCAUAUGAGCACAUAUUAAAUUUCUUCAGAAGUAAAAUAAAAAAGUACUAAAAUAAAAUGCAAGGCCUAGUUCCAAGAUGGGCGGAUAUUCGCGUGCUUCCCUUCCGUAUGACUACCUCGCAAAAGGUUGUUUUUUUCUCGCUCACCGCUGGCGUAGCUUUACUUGGCGUGCUUGCGCGGUUCUUACGACGUCGAAAACCGCCACGCCCGCCCCGUCGAACACGCAAAUACACGGGUCGACGUGCGCGAAAUAGCAUGCGUAGCCCCAAUGAUUUGAUAUCCAUAGCUGGUUCAAAAGCAUCUGCACGUUCCGGCAGUCCUCCGGGUUCUACUGUCGCCUAUUCGGAUCGCAUGUCCAUGGCAUCCGGAUCUAUAGGCGUUGGCGCACUUUUAUCCGCUGCACAAAGUCAAACAGGUGCAAUAGUUCUACACUUAACCGCCCAGCAACUCGGCGUGAUGGGAAUGGAAGCAUUGGACACAGUAAUAAAUUAUUGGGAGGAUGCGCUAGCGGCACACAAUUCACCAGGUGGUGUUCCCGCUUUGCUAACCACUGCUGAGGAAUCUGAGUUUUGUCGUGAAAUACAAAAUCUACUUGAUAUGGCCUACACAUUACAAGAACAAAGUGAAUUACUAUUCUUGGACCAACGCUCGGUACUAUUUCGGGAUGAACCAUCCAUUGAUGAGUUAGAGGAGGAUGGUAUGGGUCAUGCGCUCGAGGACGGUAACGAAGAGGAUAGACAUUCGCACAGAUCGUUGAUGAGUCGCACAGGUUCUGAUCCAAAUUUCGAUUCAGCUGAAAGCUAUGCCUCGGCGCUAGAUCAAGUUGCAGAUAUGCGUGAUUUUGAGGAAUUUGUGGACACAUCUUAUGAACAAUAUCCAUUGUACAAUGCGGCGCUCAAACAUCACGAAGAAACGCCUAUUCCUUACCGUACUAUUCGCGCUGACCUGGUGCACUGUUCGAGUGAUACAGAAUAUCUGGUUAAACUGCAUUGUGUACGCUUGGCAUUUCAAUAUUUAUUCAAAGAUCCCUCAAUCGGCCAAUGGGUUUGCGAUACGGGUCGCCAAAUACUCACCGAUCUGCUCUGUCUAGGCGAUAAAGAUACCAAAGAGUUUCUGGUGGGCUACGAGGAUAUGAUCAACUAUUUGCAGAAUCCUAAUAAUUGGGAUGAAAUACAAAAAGAAUUGGAAGCGCGUAAUGUGAAAGCAAUGACUUUUUAUGACAUUUGCCUCGACUUUAUUGUGUUGGACUCAUUUAGGGAUUUAGACGCACCACCCGCAAGCGUUACAGCGGUCGUACAAAAUCGAUUUCUUUCGAACGGAUUCAAAGAAAUGGUAAGCAGAACGAUGCAAU